AUGUCUGCGCCGCCUUCUAUCCCCAAUCUGUUCUCGCUCAAGGGAGCGCGGGGUGGUGGCGGAUUUCGACAACGGCGGGGCGGCGGCGGCGGCAGCAGCGGUGCCGCACAAUCGGCGGCCGGCCACGAUGCGACCAUUCAGGGUACAGACACGGAUGCCGCAGUCUCUCGAUCAAGCGCCGUUGAUCUUGGCUAUCUUGAUGAUCCCUUUGCCCAGUACUUUGUGCAGAACGCCGUUGGCCCCUCAAGUCGCACAUAUACACGCACCGCCGGCCUCGACGUUCUCGUCAACAGGUUUCUCGGUGUAGCUGACGGUGACCAGCAACAAAAGCGAGGCCAGCAACACCAACAGAGGCAGAUAAUCUCGCUCGGCGCAGGAACCGACACCAGGAGCCUGCGUCUUCUCAACCGGCACGGCGCUGCUGGCAUCGUCUACCAUGAGAUAGAUUUCCCUCUAAUCUGCGCCAAGAAGCUCAACAUCGUCAAGGCUGCCCCCGCCUUGAGGAAUCUCCUCCCCGACCCCCAGAUCGAAGACGAUGGCUCGUGGCAGUGCAGCACGCCCAAUGAUGGCCGUUUCUGGUGCCAUGGCCUCGAUCUCAGGAAGCUCGCCUCGCAGCAGCAGCAGCCUGACGAUGCACCGGUCGACAUCAAGGGUCUGAGGACGGACAUCCCCACUCUCCUCAUCUCCGAGUGUUGUCUUUGCUAUCUGCAGGUGUCCGAGGCCAAGAGUGUAAUCAAAUGGUUCUCUGACCGCAUACCAAGCCUUGGCAUCGUCAUCUACGAGCCCACCAAGCCGGACGACCCAUUUGGCAAGACCAUGAUCUCCAACCUCGCGGCCAGAAGUAUUUCAAUGCCCACCCUGUCAAUAUACAGGCAGCCGGCGGAUCAGGACACCCGGCUGCGAGACGCGGGCUUCGAAAAUGCCAGGCACAUGACUGUCAAUGACAUCUGGUCACAGUGGGUAGCCCCCGAGGAGAAGGAGAGGGUUGAUCGCCUGGAAGGGCUGGAUGAAGUCGAGGAGUGGGAGCUGCUGGCCGGUCAUUAUGUCGUCGCAUGGGGGUGGAGGGGGCCAGGCUUCGAGCCGUGGGAAAAUCUGAGCUAA